AAUAAGGGGGUGGGAAGUAGUCCUCCCGGUCAUCAGUAUGUAACGCUAUAUAAAACAAAGCCCUCUUCAUCUUCUAUUGCAAGUUCUCCAGAGUAAAAAUUCAACCAUCGACGACAUAAAACUACCAUCUAUAUAUAUAUAUAUAUAUAUAUCUAAUCUAUAAAUCCAUACACCAACAUUCAAUACACAAUGACGUCCUACGCACUCCAGGUACCAAGCGAAUAUGGCUACGUCCUAACCGUCGCCGCCUCAUCGUUCUUCAUCAACACCCUCCACUUCGUGCUGUCGGCCAAGGCGCGCAAGCAGAGCGGCCUAGCCUACCCGAUCCCCUACGCGAGCCAGGAGCAAGCCGCCAAGGACCCCAAGGCCUACAAGUUCAACUGUGCCCAGCGCGCCCACGGCAACUUCACCGAGAACAUAGCGCCCUUCCUCGGCGCCCUGCUCAUCUCCGGUCUCUGGUUCCCAACUGCGAGCGCCGCCCUUGGCGCCGGCUGGAUCGUCGGACGCGCGUGGUACGCUAUAGGUUACACCUCGUACGGCCCCCCGGGCAGAGGCAAGGGUUUCGCUAUCAGCAUACUAUGCGACACCGCGUUGAAAGUAAUGGCUGUCAUUGCUGGUGUUAAGUUGCUUCCUCAGGCUUAGAGAUCGGGUACAUUGAUAUAGAAAGAUAAAAGGGGAAAAAAGGGAAGAUAUUACGGUUAAGGUACUUAAAUACGGUAGAUCUUUUAAAAAUAGAAAUUUACAUUAUAUUAUUUCUUCGAGAACAAAUAUCAAGCCUUG